CGUGACUCGCCGUCAUGCCGCGGGUCGAAAGAUUCAACAGCGUGCAUUUUUACAAUAUCCCCUCGUAAUUGCACGCAUGCCGUAAUAAGUCACGGUACAAACCGCAUUCUCUGCCGCCUAUAUCGGAAGUGUCGCACACUCUAUAGUGGGAUAUAUUGUCUUUCCAUAGAAGCUACAGGAACAGGACAGCAAAUAGCUGCUCUCCAGCGCGUUCCCAACGCACUCCAAGUACUUUUCGUGCAUCGCUCCGAAUGUUACCGACAAGGGAGCUUCUACUUCUGCUCGUGACGUUAUGUUCGGUGGACUCCGUUCAACUCAACGUGGAAGAGUCACUGAGCGACUUUGCUAGCACGCUUGAACAGUAUGCGACGCAGAAAAAUGACGUCGUCUUUGUCUUGGAUGAAUCUGGAAGCGUCGGAGUAGAAAAUUUUCCGCACGAGCUCGAGAUGGUUGAAGUGAUUGCCAGAAUGUUGACGGUGUCGCCGGACUUUUCCAGAAUUGCAGUAAUGACUUUUUCCAGUGGUUACGUGGAUCACAUUGACCAUAUUAAGAACAGUACUGGCUACAGUAUGUGUUCACUUAUUGCAAGAGUACGUGGUAUACCAUACACAGGAGGUUGGACACAAACGUCAAGAGCAUUGAGCCAUGCUAAGGAUAUUUUAAUCAAUAGCAGGCCACAAUCGAACAGAAUCAUCAUUCUGAUAUCCGACGGGGACGCGAAUGCUGAGUAUUCGCCUUCAGACAUCGCUUCACGCCUUAGGAAGGAGGGUGUGGUGAUGUUCGCAGUGGGUGUUGCAUCAAUCAAUGCAGCCGAGCUGUUAGACGUUGCUACGUCGCCCAAGCAUGUCUACAUGCUGGAGGAUUUCACAUAUAUCACGGAGAUAAACCAGAAGCUCCGGGAUGAUGUGAAGGAAACUCAUUUCGACGUCUCAUCUUCGUCCAUGGCCUGCAACAACCCCAGAUGCGACAGCAACGCCGCCUGUGCCUGCGGAGCUCGCGGCGGAAAAUAUCAGUGUGUCUGCGAACGAGGCUACUUUGGAAUGGGAGGCGUAGGACAAUGUCACCCCUGUCCAAAGGGGACGUACAAGGACGAACUCGGUGAACAUUGUAAAAGUUGCCCCAAGAACUCCACAACUUCUGGAACAGGAGCAACCUCCAACGCACAGUGUUCGUGUCUCGAAGGCUAUGAAGGGGAUCCAGGAAGUUCUAAGCCUUGUACACCUAUUGCUUGUGCCAGGCUUAGUCCACCAGAGGGUGGGCGUAUAAUUCCCCCAAACUGUGGAAAUACGUUCGGCACGUCCUGUGACUUCCUGUGCAAAGAGGGAUACUGUCCCUACCGUUGCGAUGCCGAGGCAUUGGCUGCUGGAACAAAGCCUUGGAACACAUUAACGAAGACACCACGUGUUUGCCAAACUGACAGACUAUGGUCUGGCACAGAGUUCAUAUGCGAAAAGGUGCGAUGUCCUGCGCUGAAGAAUCCGAAGAAUGCAGUCAUCAACUGUGCCAACUCUUCGCUGGAAUACGGAACGGAGUGUGUCAUCAACUGUGAUGAGGGAUACGAAAAGAUAGGAGGCGACAUCCUGUUUUGCGAGAGUAAUGGUCAAUGGCGUGGAAACCUGCCAACGUGCAGGGCAAUCACAUGCAGACCACUGCAACCAAAAGGAAGAUUGAAACUUCAACCCAGUCACUGCAAAAAUAUUUCCAAGUUCAACAAAAUCUGCACGUAUUCGUGCAGAAACGAGGGCUUUACUUUACUUGACAAGCGAACUCAAAAGGAGACGGAUGGUGUCUUCAGGUGUCUCGCAGACGGAAACUGGUCCCACAGCAUAGAUAACUUGAGGUGCAAAGACAUACAACCACCCAGGAUUACGUGUCCUAAAGACAUCCUAACGCAUACGCUGCCAAACGUGCCAUACUCGGGCCAGAUCGCUUGGGAAUCACCUACAGCAAAGGACAACGUGGCUGUAUCCGCAAUAAGGAUAAUUGAGCCCCUCACGCUGUCCGCACCCGCUGAUGAGCCUCCGCUUGCUCCUCCUGGUCAGUUUCAUCUUGGAGAGACUCGUGUGACCUACGUAGCAGAAGACACAUCUCGAUUAAGGUCAACACCCUGUGCGUUUUUUGUUCGGGUUACUGAUAAUGACCCUCCUAAAGUGAUGUUCUGUCCGGACGAUAUCGUUAUUCAGUACCACAAGAGAAGCAAAACAGUCAGCUGGGCCGAACCGAAAUUUGUGGACAACGCUGGAACAGCAGACUUGGCAAUCAUAAGUAGUCGUGCACCAGGCACCCUGUUCAGUUGGGGUCCCAAAAGCGAGGUUUCCUAUAACGCUACAGACGCUGCUGGAAACAGCGCUACCUGCUCAUUCGGCGUCACGAUCCUACCCUAUUUGUGCCCAGAGUUUCCGCCCCCAAGGAACGGCUACGUUUCUUGUGACUCUGAAUCCCGAAGGCAAGUUUGUACCGUCCAUUGCCACGUAGGUUAUAGAUUCGUGUUUCCUCCCGAGCCCGUGUACCGGUGCAAACAAAUCCAAGGAGGUGGAGUGUGGGCAACUGGAACGAAAAAGGAAACUGGAAAACCAAGUCGACGUGUUGGAACCCAGAGAAUAGAGAUAAGGUUGCCGUGGCCAGACUGCGCAGUUGCGCAGCAGCCGGCCAAAUCUGCAGUCCAGGUGGUUUCUACGGUGGCAACAACUUCAUGCGACAUCGACCCCGCGAAGCUAAAGCUUAUCAAGCAGCAAUUUAUUGAUGAGCUUAAGCGUUCGGGAAAGGCGAAUCUGAUUUGUGGGCCACGUCUAGGCGAGUGUACUGUAGAAAAGGUACACAUCAGCUGCAACGAUUCGGCACCUACACGAUCAUCUGACAGGAGGUUUAGAAGAGAGAACAGACAAUUUGGCGGGGCACGUGUAAUCUCAAAACGGGCCGUCGCUACACUGGAGACAGCGAACCAGCUAGAAGAAGACGUUCCUUUGGACCCGCGGCUGGAAGCACAAUUGACGAUUUCUUUCUCUGUGGAUCUCCCUACCGAUGCUGACUUAAAGACCCUGCUGGACGAAUGUGAGAUAUGCAAGAACGAAACUAUUGUUCACCCGAGCAACGCGGAAGCCGCAGCUGUUGGUGUUGCACUGAAAUCUGCCGUGUUAGAAGCCGUUGAUACAGCGAUACGCAAAGAACUCCCGGAUGCGGUUAUAAUCGGCGCAGAGGACACUAUAGUGUCAGAAUGUGCCACAGGUCAGGUUUCCAACGCCUUGAACUGCGUGAACUGCCCUGUCGGGACAUAUUACGUCAACUCCACAUCGUGCCUUCCCUGCCCCAUUGGAAGCUAUGCCGUGAGAGAAGCCUCCCUCUCAUGUACGUCAUGUGCACAGGGCAGAACGACAUUAUCUGAAAAAUCCAGCUCUCCUUCUGAUUGCAAGGGUCUGUGCCCACCUGGAUACUACUCGAGAAGCGGGAGAGAGCCCUGCGUUGUGUGUCCUGAGGGAGAAUAUCAGGAAUUGUAUGGACAAUCGGAGUGCUCAAAAUGCCCCGAUGGUCUUACAACUGCCUCGUGGGCAUCCACAUCCAAAAAGAACUGUACUGGUUCAUGUCCACGAGGGACAAUCUCACGGUCAGGUUUAAUGCCAUGCUCCCCAUGCCCAAAAGGAACAUACCAGACACAGGAGGGACAGACCAGCUGUUCGCAAUGCCCAUCUGGUGAAAGCACAAACACUUCUGCUUCUACCUCUGAAUCCGACUGUUUCGUUCUAAACCUCUGUCAACGACUACACCCAUGCGCAGAAGGCGCGACUUGUGUCGAUGAAACUCAUUCGUAUUCAUGUGAAUGUCUGGAUGGACUCGAAGGCGCUGAUUGCAGAAUUAAUAUUGACGAUUGUGAACCUGACCUGUGUUUAAAUGGAGGCAGGUGCAUCGAUGGGAUUGAUAACGUCACCUGCAAAUGUCCAAAGGGAUAUAGCGGGCUGUCGUGCGAGGUGAAUGUUGAUGACUGUGACCCAAAUCCAUGUGCCCACGGUGGAACAUGCGUCGAUGGCGUCAACAGCUUCGCUUGCAAGUGCCCAGAGGGAUUCACGGGCAAAAGGUGCGAACACAUGACCCGACAUUGCAUAAACAAGCCAUGUCAAAAUGGAGGAACUUGCUUCGACUAUGCCAAAGGCUUUCGUUGCUGCUGUCCAGAAGAGUUCACAGGAAAGACGUGCGAAUUGCCAUAUGACCCCUGCGCCGAUAAACCCUGUCAAAACGGAGGACAGUGUGAAGCGCAUGAACACAGCCCCAGUAGCUUUCAGUGCGUCUGUGCUCAUGGAUAUACUGGUGAAGAGUGCGAGUCAAAUAUCGACGACUGUGCGUCGGGGCCUUGUCUUAAUGGGGGAACUUGUGUCGAUGGUGUAGCGUCGUACACGUGUCAGUGUCCUGAACUGUAUGAGGGACCGUCGUGCGAAACUACUAAGCGAGCUCCGGUUCCUGCACCAUACACACUAAGCUUCCCCAAUGGCUACGUGUCAGAUUACGCAAGAGUUAGCGUGGAGCGCAACCUGCGUGGUUUGACUGUGUCUUUCUUUAUGAGAACGUCCCAGAGGGACAAACGUGGAACGCCCGUCUCGUACGCCUUCAAGCAUCCCGGACUCAACACCGUUCUGGACAACGCAUUCGCCUUGUCUGAUCCUAACAGACUGCUACUGUACUUCUACCAGAACAGCACGGACACAGGGAUUGCAGCAAACGACAACCGCUGGCACCACUGCGCCUUGACGUGGAGCAGCGAGACUGGUAUAUGGGUAUUCUACUGGGAUGGAGAAGAGAAAGCCAGCGAUAAAAGCCCUGCUUCCAAAGGGAGCUACAUGUUCAAGGGGGAUGUGGUCCUCGGACAAGAUCAGGAUUCAGUCGGAGGUGGCUUCAGCGGACUCGAAUCUUUCGCCGGUGAAAUCGCAGAACUCAACGUGUGGGACUACACCAUGCCAAAGGACGACGUGCGACAAUUGGGGUCUACAUGCGGUCUCGUCGGAAAUGUUGUUGCGUGGUACGCGGUCAGGGAAUCCAUCUACGGCAACGCUCUUGUCACCGAAGGCUCUCCUGAUUUCUGUUCAGGACACGACUGCUCCAAUUCCUCGUGUCACUGUUCGGCCCUGUCAGCUGUUGAACGAAACACGUGCGACAAAGCUGUAGAUGCAUGCACGCACAAUCCUUGCAAGCACAAUCAAGUAUGCACUGAACUCAGUGACGGGAAAGGGCUGUGUAAGUGCAGGGGAUACGAAGGAAGACACUGCGAAUUCGACAUCGACGAGUGUGUCACAGGAGAGCAUGCGUGUUCCCAUAUCUGCGUCAAUACAUUAGGGUCCUACGAAUGCAGCUGUCCACAGGGCAUGGUUCUCAACUUGGACAACAAGACAUGCGCAGAUUCGUCAUAUUGUACUCAAGGGGACACCGUCUAUCUGGUUGGAGAUACAUGGAUACAGGACUGUCAGCACUGUACAUGCGACGAGGGGCUUAUUACCUGCUCUCCAGCUCUGUGCAAGAAUGUGACUUGCCCAAAAGGACAAAUGGUUGUUCACAAUCCAGGUGACUGCUGUCCGUCUUGUUCCGAAGAACCUUUGAAAUGUCACCUCUCUGGCAACGGAACUCUAAUUACGUUCUACCAGCUUGUCGUACCAUUCGUGGGAAGGGAAGACAACACCCUCUUCCAGGACUGUGUUAAUGGGGACUUCAUCGCAUACCUGGACUCAAGCUCAGACCACAAAUCAGUUCAACUUUACAUCCAUUGUCUAUCCGUGACGUUGUACGACAACAAAACCGUCCUGGUCAACAACAAUGCUGUGGCCUUACCGCACAAAGAAACCUCGAUCGUGGAAAUAAUCGAGGUCGAAAAUGAUCAAUCUGUCCAAGUGCAGACGCACGGCGGUGUUGUGGUGCAACUGCAGAGCGAUGGAUCGUUCUCAGUGUCGGCACCGAAGAAGCUGUCCGUGCACAUGUGCGGACUGUGCGGAAGCAUGAACAGAGACACCGGGGAAUACGUGCAGACCACAAAUCAUGCCCCUUUUUUCUUUUCACAUUCGUGGAUGGUAGCUGUGGUAGUCGUUGUAGUCGUUGUAGUCGUGGUAGCUGUGGCAGCUAGAGCUAUCAAAAGACAUGUAUGGAGGCUACAUCCUGAUACGCGAACGGGAAACAGGUCUGCACCCCCUCCCUGUGCGGCGAGUGGCCUCUCCAAUGCCGAGGUUCCCCUCCUGCUCGGCGUCCGAUCCCCUGGCGCCAACACGUGCGCCCAGACUUUCGAGCUCGGCCGCUCUUCUAAUCCAAAUAGUCGCCAAUGCGGUGAACGAGAAACGGAGGAACACAUUAUGAUGCUCUGUCCGGCUACAUCCGACGCAAGACGGGAACUCCAGAAAGCAGUGCCGCACCCUCGAACAUAAGAACUCCAGAUUGAAGGAGAUCGUCCAUUCGCGUAGCGACAUCCAGCGCAGCAAAUCUGUACAGAAAGCCCAACUGAACUCUCUGAAGGCAUCCCCACAGUCGACUGUAGUGGAGGAAACUACAGAACCAGACGUAUGAGCCUUCUCCUAUCCCCUCUUAUACUUCCCCUAUCCCCUCUUGCACUUCCCCUAUCCCCUCUUGUACUUCCCCUAUCCCCUCUUAUACUUCCCCGAGCAACGUGCCGCCAAUCUAGGCUGGCAGACAGUGUAGCGGACGCUGGACAACGACAAGGAUGGCCACGCGCAUGGAGCACCCGCUUCUCAGUUCCACCGGCGCGGCCAUGGAGAUAGGCCACCGUCAUCGCCUCUCCGUGGCAUACCAUCCUCGCCGGUCGGGGCUCAUGUAGAGGAAGACCAUCGUCCUCUACAUUUGGUGACCCGGACGAAGAACAUGACGUCCGGAGCAAUUCGGCCCUUCACCAUCCCAAAUUUGUGACGACACCAUCGAGCAGCACUACCUCCGGCACACACGCGCUUCACAGAUUGAGCCGCCUUCACUCCUGCGUAUCUCGGCACUCUUCACCGCACCCAACGCUUCUCACUGCCGGCCGCGACACUCGAGCCUUGCGCUCACCUGCCGGUCGCGGCAGUCGCGGCAGCCGACGCCAUGGCACGCUUCAGCCCGUCUCGGCAUCUCACCACGACUCGCAUAGCCUCACCUCACUCACUUCACCUGGGACUCUCGAGCUUCGGCUCCCGUGCCGGUCGCGGCACCCCAGGACCACGACACAGAGCGCCUCACUCUCUCUCACUCGUCUCUACAUGACGGAUCGUUCUUCCAAACGGAUCCGUUCGGGUCACCAAAUGUAGAGGACGAUGGUCUUCCUCUACAUGAGCCUUGACCGGCGAUAAUGGUAUGCCACGGAGAGGCGAUGACGGUGGCCUAUCUCAUGGCCAACUGAGAAGCGGGUGCCCCAUGGGCGUGGCCAUCCUUGUCGUUGUCCAGCGCCCGCUACAGGCAGCUCGAAUUCCUACGUCACCCCCCCCCCCCCCCCGCACUCCUCAACCCCCAACCUCAUCGGAAUGCUAAGUCUUUGGCGCGAACGCAGGGAACGAGCAAUAAAUAUUGAACAACAUUGAAAUCGUAAAAUUAUGUAAAUAAGGCUGGCUGUAGAUUAAAGAAAUUCUUUAAGCA